AUGGUUGUCAUCGGGGUGAUGGGAAAUGGAUUCAUUGUCCUCGCCAAUGGCCUCGAUUGGAUCCGAAGCAAAAGGAUGUCACCCUCGGACAUGAUCCUGACUGCGCUGAGUCUCACCCGACUUCUCUAUCUCGGGCUGAUAUUGGGCACUCACUGUUUGUUCUUAAUUGACGUCGACAAUUUCAAGAUUUUACCUGAACCCGUCGUUUUCCUCUGGGAGUUUAUCAACGCCACGACCUUCUGGAUGACCGCAUGCCUCGCAGCCUUUUACUGCAUCAAGCUCGUCAAUCUCCCCCACGUGUUCUUUGUGAAAAUGAAACUGCACAUCUCCUGGCUGGUUCCAAGGUUGCUCCUAGGUUCAGUGCUGGUCUCGUUGUUCAUCUCCCUUCCUAUCAUCCGCUUAGCAAAAUGCAGCCAUUGUUGCAAUGAAACAAGCGUGGUUCGGAGGAACGGCAACAUGAGGUGCCUCAGUAAGACACUUUCAGGCGUUAAAUAUAUUGUAUGUAAUUCCCCGUCUUUCAUUAUCGUUCUAGCUUCUUCGGUCGUACUGAUUCGCUCCCUUCUUCAACAUGCUCAGAAGAUGCGACAGAAUGCAGGAGGCCUCAAGGACUACCAGAUGGACGCUCUCAUAAAAGCAGUUAAAACCCUGCUGUCCUUUGCUAUCUUCUUUAGCGCAAGCUUUGUAGCGAUGGUCUCGCUGGCUACGUUAACAAGUCCUUGGACUACUGUCACGUCUAUUAUCGUGAUCACUGCGUAUAACUCGGGACACUCUGUGAUCCUGAUUGCCACGAAUCCUAAACUGAAGCUGCCAUUAAUCAGGGGUAUACAGGAUAUCAUCGGCUGUGGUCUGAAAAGAACGCUUGUAGAAAAGAUCAUUUGCUACAAACAGCUGAGGACCACAUCUGGCUCCAUGCUCAAAACUACCCACAACCUGGUCCCCCGGCAGAUUGGCAGGCGAAUGGCAGGAGAGCCCCCGCCUCGGCAGCGCACGGCUCUGUUCGGUCCCGAAGACCUUCCGUCAACUGUCUCAGCUGUCACCCUGCCACGGCUGAGCCCGCCGUAA